AUGUCUUUCGACUUUGAUCGUCGAGAACCCUGUCUGAAGAAUGAAAAUGUUCCUUGGAUAGAGCAGGCACGCCGGGAAAACGGGGAUGACACCCCUUUGCAGCUCUUCUUAGCCAUGCCGGGUUAUUCUCCUAGGAAUAGCUAUAUGCUCGGUUGCCUAAAGUCUAUCGAUCUAGAUACUGCACUCCAGAAAAUACUGGAUGGUGACUUUGAGAGCUGCCAGUCUGAACUAUGGUUGCACGACGGCGAUGGGCACCGGUGUCGCGCCUACAACGGCGUCAUGCCUGCUCCGGCAGCCCACCAGAAGCUGCAAUUAAAGCGUUUUGGUCAACCCGGGGAACCUGACGCGUCCAUACGACGGUUCCACAUUCACCACCCGACGACAGAAUCCAUGGGUCUUCUCAUCCUCAACAUUGGAGGCCUGGGACGAGACGAGCUGGGGGGUUUCCUUUUCAAGUACAUCAAGGCUCACAGCACGCCCGCUUCAAUUGGAUUCAACGUCGGUGUUAGUAUUGUAUUUCCCAGUUAUCUCAAUGACCCGCUCCUGUUCUCGCACAUAUUUGCUGACUUUGAAGAAAAGACUGGAGGCCGAACCUUUUCCUUUACCUUCCACCUGCCGUCAUUCGUCUUGAAGAGACAAAAACCUAGGGCCAGAAGGAGGGAGGACCCCCGCAAGAAGCGCAAUGGAAGACCGUGGAGGGAAUCCCGCCCCCUCUCCUUCCUUUCAAAACCUAUCGAGAUCAAGUCUGAAUUCGCCAGCGUCGACACACUCCACGAGGUUCACUACUCCCUGAUGAUAUGUGGCUAUAAUAGAUCCGUGUGGACCACGUAUUCUCUUGUCGACACCUACUUUUAUGACUCCGACGAGGACCACGAAGACACAGUCGAAUUUUAUAGAACACAUGAAGACUCCGAGGUCAGCGAAUGGGACCCUGCACUGAUCGGAGACAAAGAAGUCUGGACGAAAUGUCCAGAUCCGCGGGAAUACUUUCUCAUGAUCCUGGAUAAACGGUUCACCCAAAUCUAUGAGGAGUUCUUUAAGAUCAUUGACUUUGUUCAAGACAAAAUGUCGGACUAUCUCCAUGAAAAUCGCACAACGCGCAAUUGCGCCACAGUUUCGAGGGAUUCCGCCAAAAGCCUUUACGAGUCGGCUGAGAACAAGCGAAUGUGGCUCAGACAAACGGAGCAGCUCCUUGAUCUUCUCUCGGACGGCCUCUCUAGUAUUCUGAGAUGCUGGAAAGCCUUUGAGAUUGAGAGGGAAAACUUCGCGUACAAUCGUCCUUCGGCGACGUUGUUUCAUGAGAUUCAGGGCCAAACUAUAGAGAUGAAUCGUCUUCUGGACAGCCUAUCCAAGGCAAAGACAAAAUGCGAUGGAUUUCGCAAAGAUCUGGAGCUUGCUAAUGGGGUCCAAGGCGGCCCUGGGAACGUCCUACAGUAUCUAAAACUCACAUUCAUCCAGGUCAUGACUCCAGUCGUCGUCUCGGCCUCCAUCAUCCAAGCAGACAUUUUGACAUUCGGGCCUGUCUUCUUGCGGUUCGUCAUGAUUACCGCUGUGCUUUUCGGCAUAUGCUGGUGCAUUGAACCGGGCCAGAAUCCAAUACCUGGCUGGACUGACACCAUCAAGAAGCGCCUUAAUACCCGCGCAGACGACCAAAACGAUGGUGGACCCUUGAAUCAACAUCUAAGACGAGGAUGGGGUUGGAACCAGGCUAUGAUGGCAUCAAUUUGGCAACUUGCCCAACCACGCCGCCGACUUUUACGUGAAGUAGCUUGGGCAUCGGGCGCUAACUCGGGCUUCGAAGAGGAUGUGGAGCUAGGCAAUCUUCAGAGCUGA